AUGGAGGAGGCGCCAGAGAUCAAGCAAACUUGGCAACAAAAGUUACUCUUCUACACUACCGCAUUCUUCGUGUUGCUUGGCACUUUUAGCUUGUUUUCAUUUCUAUUCCUUGUGCCUUUCGUCAUUGAUCCGGCUUUUACGACUAUUUUUAUGGAGUUUGAUGAGACUCCCGUGUUAUGUAUGACAGUAAGAGUGGAUAGACGGUUAGGUGUCUCUAAUUGUAGUUGGACUUCGUGUCGUGAAGGAUGCACCAAAGAUAUUUAUGACUGCACGCAAAUCCUUGUUCAUUAUAAGAAAGUACCUCCCGAUUACAACCUGACAGCACCUCCCGAUAUCCGAACGCCCAGAGAAGAACGAAGCAUACCGGAAGAGUACGACUACGAGAAGACCUUCUCCGAAGAGGAGGAGGAAGAGACGGGGCUUGUGGAUGAUGAAGAAGACUCCGAGUGGUACUACCGUGAAGCGAGAUUACUCCCGAACGUCAAGGGUUGUGGCUAUCCUCCGAUGCUCAAUUGCUCCAUAUUUCUAAAGUUAUACAAAGGCAUAGGUACUAAUUACACGUGCUAUUACAGUCGCGUAGAUCCUAGUAUGGUGAUCAGCCACUUGGAUAUGUGGCAGGUCUAUAUGAACUUGGUCUAUGCUAUGGCAAUUCCAAUUCCCUCCUUUAUCUUGUCCGUAAUAUAUUUGGCGAUUGCUUAUUUUAAAAUAUACAAUGACGACGAAGAGACUGCCCCACUGGAAAAAAAUGCUGAAGCUAUGGAUGUAGAAGGGGAAAGUGGACCAGAUGCUACUCCUGUCCAACCCGCAAGUGGCGGAAUAACCCCGGCUAGUGAAGCGUUCCGAGAGGAUCUCGCCAGUUUUGGACAUCACUUCAAAGUGGCGAUGGUCGACGAAAUGAGCCGUGAUAGCUUUACCGAAGGCGUGCCAUACUCGUGUUCUAUAGGAGGGAAUUUGGGAAAAACAAUGACUACAAGCAUCUCGACCACAGGAGGUCCCAUAGCUGAUAUUUAAUUGCUGUCACGUCUUGACAUUUCUCAGGCUUGUGUGUUUUAUCUUAAUUUGAUAAGGCUUAGGAUAAACAUACGAAAUAAAUUUUUUAAAAUGGAUGUGGCUGUCUCUCCGCCACAAUCAACGUAUGUUUACGUGGCUUCAAGAAAUAUUUUUUAAAAGUAGUGUUUUAGGCCGCUACAAAUGAAUAUGAAUAACAGCUUCAAUUAUCCAAAGGAGCGAAUCUGAUUUCAUAUUACGAGCAAACGUGUAUAAAUUAUCAAAAAAGACUUAAUGGCAACAUCAACCGGGUCUCAUGUAAUUGCACAUUCAACGAAAUUUUACCAAAUUUUAUUUCUAAGUGGUUAAAUUUCUAGUUGUGUAAUCACGUAAUUCAAUUCCAAUUCGUUAACGAAAUUUAAAGCAAUACUGUGCAUUCGUUUGUGGAGUUUCAGUGAAAUUGGCUCCUCUGGUUGUGCUACAGCGCAUUUAUCUGUUAUCAAUCUCAUUACAUCCAUAGUUUAACACGUCCGUGCGUAUACCACGUCAUUUUGAUUGCAUUUUUUUCCUCGAUAUUACUGUAAAUAUAUAGAUUGUCUUUAAUAUUGUUAUUAUUAAUCACAUUGUUAAAAUUUAUAAGAAAAUGUUUUAUUGAUUUGUAUAUUUCAUGUACAGUUCGACUUAUGAAAUUUUACCUAAUCGUGCAGUGAAAACGUGUUUAUUGAACAUUGUUCAAGAUUUUGCCUUCUUAUUCUUGUAAUACGCAUUUGUAAUCUAAUAUUUUUAAUACACAUAACAUAGAUGAUACAAUCAAGUCAACUCUUCUAUAUGUUUACAAUGCAUGUUUUCAGAAUAAGGCAAUUGUCGCGUGAACUUUAUCAAAUAAUUCAAUCAGAUCGAUUCUUUUUCUUUUAUUAGAAAGGGACCAAGGCAUAUUGCACGGGGAUUGUCGCAAGCAUCGACAUAUUGAACUAUUUUCGAGCACAUGCAGUUGUCAACAUAUACAUUACUUGUGAACUUGUGUUACAACUAUUACCCUAUAUAAUUUUAGGCGAGUGUCAAUAUCGGCAAUGUUCUUCACCACUCUAUAGAGUCGAUAGCUUGAAUCAUUAUGACUCACUGCUGAUAUAUCAAUUUGUUUUACCUUGUUACCACCGAUUUAUUUAACUCAUUUGUGAUACUUAACACUGCUCAUCUAGGAAUAAAAUAGAUUUCAGUAAUACACAUCACAAAACUAAA